UCGUCAAAGGUCAAGAACUUAACCCCCCCCCCCCACUGAAAUAAAGAAAACCGAAACAGGGAAACAGUUGAAGGUCGCUAGUCACAGUGAUCUGACGUGUUGUAGCUCUUCUCGUCGUUAAAAAAGAUCUUCAAUCGAAAUUAAUUUCACCAGCUUUUACCCAGAUGGACGAUACAAUAAAGGUGCCCAUCACUUUCGAGAAAGUGGAUGACGAUUUGACGUGUGUGAAAUGGACAACAUGGCUGAAUAAGACAACCAGUAUUUGUCAAGCAAGAGAAACUGAGAGAUUCCAGCUGAAUUACGCCCCCUUGGAUGUUUGCUACUUCAACGUCUCGUGCGUGUACAACUUCCUCGUCAAAGACGAUGGCUCACGGCGGUAUUGUUUUGAGAUCUUUUUGACGCAGGUCAAAUCGUUUAAGAUGGACAACGUGAAUGUUAACGACACUUCACCGGUCUCGCUCUUGGGCCCGCUAGAUUCCCACCGACGACGACCUUACGCUGUUUGGUCUACAAUCAACGGAAAUGCAAUCACGUUGAAGGAAGUAGGCCUACGUCAUGGAUUCUGGAAAUCGACCAAAACGUAUGUUAGUAUCGCCAAUCUGCAGCCGCCAUUGUUUUCCUGUUUUCUCUGGAUCAAGUUCAAGAUGUUCGGUGUCGGUGAGAUCAGCGCCCUGAAUCACAUGGCGGAUCUGUUGGCUCGUCAAACUCAUUCGGAUGUCCAGUUUUGUUUUGGAAAUUACGAAACGAUCGGCGGGCAUGUGGCCAUCUUGUCAGCCAGGAGCCCCGUCUUUGCCGCAAUGUUCCAGCACGACAUGCAAGAGUCAAAGACGAGAAAAGUCGUCAUCGAAGAUAUUGUACCCGAGAUUUUUAAAGAACUGCUCCACUACAUUUACUCCGGCCGGUGUAGCACUCCGUUGACUGAAGGCACGGCUCAACCACUGUUCGUGGCCGCCGACAAGUACGACAUCAAAGACUUGAAAGAAGAUUGUGUCCAGUACCUCUUGCCAUGCGUCACCGUUAAAAACGCCGUUGAACUACUGAUUUGGGCCGACCUGCAAUCGAUCGACAAGUUGAAGAAAGCGGCUCUGGAUUGCGUCAUCAGCAAUGGAAAAGAAAUUUGCCACCAGGAAGAAUGGGAGAAAUUGAUGAAGAGCUAUCCCGACCUUUGCUUGACUGUCACUCGACGCAUGGUGGACAUAGCCAAGUUUCCUUCAGCAAAGAGGUCACGGACUGAGAAGGUUCCUGGUUAACUCAUUACACUCAACUGUUUCGUGAUUACAUUUUGAUUCGGGAUAAUACAGGCCUUAAUGAACGGAAUAUUUACCGUAUCAAUUUGUUUAUUUUGGAACUCUUAAACGCUCAUUCAAAGGUAUCGUCAAUUGAAUUCUAGUUGAAAAUGAUUUCUGGCUGUCAAAAGUGAUCUCAGCUAAAAGGGGCUGGUUCAGAAAACUGCAGACGAAUUUUAAAAAACCAGAACAAGAAACAGGUGGAUGAGAAAGGACGUUUUGAAAUCGUGUCCGGUGAAAGUUUCGUUCGUUCAAAGUUUCCGUGUUGUGAUGUGUGUUCCUGUCAACGCAAGGGUAAAACUGGUGUCUCUCGGUAUGUUACCAAACAUUGAAUUUGUUCAUUGAAUUUUAGUCAUUUAAGAGCUUUACUCGUGCAAUAUUUGUAAUUGUUUGAUCUGGCCAAUCACAACCCACAAUCAUAUGGGAUUUAUAACAGUAACAUCUCGUAAUGUUUAGCAUAGUAGAACAGUUAUAAAUUAUAAUUGAAUCCGCUUGAAACUGGAAAAGCUACAAAAUUGUUACACUUUCGAGGUUUAUUCAUUCCAGUUACCUUGAAAAUAAAAUUGGGAGGUAAAUUCUUAAAUUGCUCUACUUAAACUUAAAAAAAUCUGACAAAAGGACAUUUAUUAAAGAUUGCUAAUUUUGAAGUUUUCAGCAUAUCAAAUUUUUGUAUGACGAUAUUUAACUAAAUUU